GCAUAUUCACUCGUUUUAUUCCAACUCUACCAUACCCUUUUGGGUGUAAAGGGGCAUCACCAUCCUACAUUUUCUUCAUUGUAGUUGCUUGUGCUUCAUCAAUUUCUGUAAACAAUAAAAUGAGUCAUGCACAUUCUCAUACAGGCUCUGGCAGCAGAAUCACUCCUGAGUUUGGAAAGACAUAUGUUGUGAGACCCAAAGGAAAACACCAAGCCACUAUAAUUUGGUUGCAUGGUCUUGGUGACAAUGGUUUGAGCUCAUCUCAGCUUUUGGAAUCCCUUCCUCUUCCAAAUAUAAAAUGGAUUUGUCCAACUGCCCCCACCCGUCCUGUGGCAAUACUUGGUGGUUUUCCCUGCACAGCAUGGUUUGAUGUGGGAGAACUUUCAGAAGAUGGCCCAGAUGAUUGGGAGGGUUUGGAUGCCUCAGCAAUACACAUUGCUAACUUGUUGUCAACAGAGCCAGCUGAUGUGAAAGUUGCUGUUGGAGGCUUCAGCAUGGGUGCAGCAAUAGCCCUAUACUCUGCAACUUGUUUUGCCAUAGGAAGGUAUGGAAAUGGCAUUCCCUACCCUGUCAAUCUAAGAACAGUGGUUGGACUAAGUGGUUGGCUUCCAGGAUCAAGGAGCUUAAGGAACAAGAUAGAAGUAUCACAUGAAGCAAGAAGACGAGCAACUUCAUUGCCCAUUUUGUUGUGCCAUGGAAUCAGUGAUGAUGUGAUCCUUUACAAAUAUGGUGAAAAAUCAGCUCAAUCAUUAUGCUCAGCAGGGUUUCGAUAUGUUGCAUUCAAAUCCUAUGAUGGGCUUGGUCAUUACACAAUUCCUAGAGAGAUGGAUGAAGUUUGCACUUGGCUUAGUUCAAAGUUGGGGCUUGAAGGAUCCUCAUAAUUAUUCUAUUUAAGAGAUUUUGAGAUAAUAACAUGUUCUGUUUUAAACUUUUUUUUUCAUAUAAGAUGAUAUUAUAAAUUCAAGGCUAUAUAUAUAUAUAUAGCAUUGAAGUGAACAUGGAUGAAACAAGAAUGUGGCACGUGGGAAUAGCAGCUUAUUUAAAACGUGAUGCUGCGUAAAACCACGACAACAUAGUAACUAAUUUCUGCGAUUGUAAUCAUCGUUAUGGUCCAGCCCAAGAGUUUUCUUCACGGCCUCUGUAGCACCUUGGGCCGCACCCUUCACCAUUUCCCCUGUCUGCUGCAGGAACCCUUGGGUGUUGUCCUUACCCGAUUGGGCCGAUUCCUUCGUUGACUGGCCCAUCUCUGAGGCCUUACCUUGAACAGUAUCUUUGUUCUGUUGGGCCUUCUCCUUUGCCGCUUGGGAAGUAUCGCUAGUCUUGUCCUUCGCCGCUUGGGCUGUUUGUUGGGUCUUGUCCUUCGCAGCUUGGGCUGUUUGUUGGGUCUUGUCCUUCGCAGAUUGGGCCAUAUCAUGGGCCUUGUCCUUUGCAGCUUGGGCCUUAUCCCCGAUAUUGCCCACAGUCUGCUUUGUCUUUUCCU